AUGAAUCAAUCAGGUCUUCCUACUCCACCACCUACAUCCGCCACGUCAAUCACCAAUCCUGCACAGUCAUCAUCGAAUGCAGCUGGACAAUCUACGAGUGAUGUCUCGUUAGGCUCUAUUGUCGCGACUAUAACUUCGGCGUCAAGUCCUUCCCAAUUAAACCAAUAUCUGAGGAGUUGCGCAUCCAAAGAUGUCAGAGAAGUCCUGCUGGCCAGCAUUUUGCCGGGUAGCCAAGAUCCAUUGACUUUGUUAAACGCGCGAGAUCACACACUUGGCAUGCUUUACAUUUUGUCUGCGCGACUGCAUACUGUCGCGUCUGAUAAGCCUUUGUGGCACCAUAUCGAGGGUUUUUGCCGCGAUUUUAUCCCUGAACAUGCUCGCUUUGCACCGGAUCGAGUGACACUUUUUGCAACUGGGAUACGACAAUUCGCUGAAGUUGAAGGAAACCCCAAACUUGCAAUCUCGCCAUUAUCUGAUUUGCUCGUGAAAUAUGCUCCAACCCUUUCACAUCUCACCACCAUCCAUCCUAUUUUCCUGACGAUUUGCGUCGCCACUCGCCAUUUCACAGCCGCAAUCCCCAUCCUAGCUCAUUCGAUCACUACAAUUGAUCUCUCACUUUCCGACUUAACCUACCACGAUAAUCUAAUAUACCACUACGCCGGCGGCAUCGCACUUGCUGCGCUAAAGAAUUGGUCAGCUGCAGAAGAACUCUUUGAGAUCUGUGCAUCAAGUCCAGGCUCGGCGGCUUCCGCUAUUCAAAUGGAAGCCUUGAAGAAGUUGACCCUCGUGCAGUUGAUAUACCGCGGAAAGACUUCACCUCCAUCCAAGUACAUGCACCCAAUUCUUAUGCGACUUUUCAAGGCAACUCCUUACUCAAGUUUUAUGAAUGCGUACCCUCUGCAGCGCGACUACCUUCGCACAAUAGCUGCAAACGAGCAGCAACUAUUCGCUAAUGAAAGGACUCUCGGUCUCAUCACCCAGGCACUCGACCGCGCGCCCCGUUGGGCCAUAAAGAAACUCACAACCACUUAUCUGACGUUACAUUUAUCCGAUAUUGGACGAGAAGUGGGAAUUUCCGACGAGAAUGAAGUGAAAUCUCUGAUCUUGAGCAUGAUUGAGUGUUCGGAAAUCUCCGCGGAGCUGUCUGCAGAUGGGACUGUGUCAUUCUCGGAUCCGCCAGUGAAAUUCGAGAAGACUGAUGUGGACCGAGUGUUGGCACAGGCGCAACAGCAGGACGCCCUCCUUGUGAGGCUCGAGAAAGAGAUGGAAAGGAACAAAGAGUAUCUGACAAAGGCCGUCAAGAGCAAGGACGACGCGGGUUGGGGACCAGCGACGGAUGAAGAUGGUGCAUUUGGAGACCGUCCAUCGGGUAACUGGGCUGAAGAAAUGAGCUUCGCUUGA